AUGUUUUACUUUGGUCAUUUUCUCAAAUCGUUUUUGCAAAGAAGUUCAUCUACCGAAUACCAACGUGUCUUUCACUCCCUUGUCCAUACCUGCUUUGGGCAAAAUUUUUGGCUCAGAUUAACAACCUUGCUAGGAAAAAGGCCUGAUGAAUGUCCGGAAGAAGAACUAGCUAUUCGCCUUUUCCUAAGGCGGAUUUUCCUUGAUCCCCACGGUCUUCCAUUAAAUGAAGGACCGACAUGGAUUGAUCUUAGCAAUUCGAAUAAUUCAUCUUCGAGUUCACAAAAAUAUUUCACUUUUUCUAAUAACAUUAAUCUACUUGCAUCUUCUGGUUACGUCUCGUCUGAUAGUAUAAGUUUUUUUGAUAGCAGCUUUGAUAUGGGUUCCGUUCCACAACCAAGUACUUCUAAAUCAGGUCCAAUAACAUCUACGCCUCUUAUUAAAACAUCCAAAAUGGCUAAUAACAGCAAUGAUGCUUCAACACAAUGCUCUUUGUACUCGUGGCCGACGGCAAGAUUUCUGGCAAGUAUACUAAAUUCAUACCCAUUUGUCCAUCAAGCUCGUCUACUCUUCAUACUUUAUGGACCUGUUCACAAAGGGCGUCUGAUGUGGAGCAUAAUGUGCGAGAAUACUGCUGCUGAUUUAAAACAAUUGUCGGCAUGCUUCGGUGAACUUGGUUGUGCGCUCAAUAGUCUUUGGUUAUCUGGCCAUUGGUCAGCUUGUGACACGCUAGCCGUCCUUCAUGAAAUCACAAAUAUUCCAGAAAGUUGGCUAGCUGAAAAUGUUGCAUGCAUUUUGCAUUCAGCCGGACCCCAACUCGCAUCUUUGGCUGUUCAGCACAAAGCAAAUAAGGGACAAGUGGCGGAGUUGGCCGUUAUUCUCACUUCUUUGUGCCUAGUUCAGGUGAAAAUUAAAGAGGACCUCUCAGGACUUUUAAAACUAGUGGAAAUUGCUGUUCAAUCCACAAGCAACGCAUACAAACAGGAAUUUCUGGACUCCCUUUCAAAUGCUUUUCGAGGAGUUAUAGUCGACCUCUACGAAACGGACGAACUGGAUGAAAGACUAGAGGACUUCUCCAUCAUUCUGAAAGCUCAGUCCUACUUCUUCCGGGCUCUUCUUGCGCGAGUAUAUGAGGAAUGA